AUGCGCCCCCUCACGACACGCGCAGCGCUCCUGCGUCCCUCCGCAUCCUCCACAAUCCACGCGCAGCGCGCCCGCAUACCCGUCCCUCGACCGCCGCAAUGCCGCUUCUCCACCACCGACGCCCCGGCGACACAAAAGCUGUCGCCGCGCUGGCUGUCAGAUGUUCGCGCGCAAAUUGGCAAGUGCAUAAUGUUUGGAAUCAACGAUGCGCAGACGAGCGAAGCUGGGUCUAUACUGCAAGAAGGACAUGUCAACAAUGUCAUGUAUAACCGGUACGCGGAGUCGGCGCGUGUCAACUGGACGCUCAACUUCGCUGCCCAGGAUCCGGCACACAAGAAGGAAUGGCUGGAGUUGAUGUCGCCCAAGAGCAUUGGUCUGAUACUGAGGAGUAUCAAGACGGACUACAAAUUUCCCAUGAAGUGGCCUGACAGGAUCACCGUUCUGCACAAGCUUAGGAAUAAGCCAGAGCAAGGCACCGACCACUUCAUCCUAGACGUUCUAAUCUUGUCAGAAGCACAUCGCCGUGCAGCAGCACGCUGCAUCGAGGACAUUGUAGUCUACGACUACAGAUCAGCGAAGAAGUCUCCACUGCCGCCAUUCAUGAUUGACAAGUUCAAGACGGUAUACGAGCUGCAAGAGCAAGCAAAGGAGAAGAACAGCGCCAGGGUGAGGACACUGCUAGACCGAGUGCGGGAGCUCGAGAAGAGCAGCUGGGACAGACCGGAUGCUGUUGAAAACUUCGGCAGUGCAGGGAAGCCAUAAACAGCAAAGCCGUAAGUAAAGCCGAGAAUUAUUCAUCCCAUCAAGCUGCAUGGUGCGAUCCCUUUCGCGGUGAUCGACUUGGCUGCCUGCCUACUUUGCGUUUCACGAUGAGCUUUUUUUCAGCGAUCUGCACGAUUUCCUUAUCUGCUCGUUGCACAGCAUGCUGAUUGGUGUGGUUGCGUUAAGCUUCGACGCCCGCCAGACGCCGUCUCCGCCGUGUGCGAUGGAGGGGCGGAAUGAGAAAAGGCAGAUUUGGUGGAAAUGCUCCGAUCAAAUGGAAAUGCCGAGGGAAAGCCACGCCGCGGCAACAUGUGCUCUACAGCGGGGCGCGCUUUGUCCCAAAAGCAACGGUGAAGUUUGUGGAAGUCUCCGCGCGGCGGCUUGAAGUGAGCCGUAGGAAACACAACAACAAAGGCAAUCGCGGGGUAUUGCAGGGCAGCAAAUCGAAAACAUGUUCUUGGCGUCGAUGCAAGCGUGCGGGUGUC